AUGUCUGAUCGCUUUCUGGACAUUCGGGCUAUGCAACACGAUCCCUAUAUAUUGAUGCUUUCUGCAGCAGAGGAUAUCAUCGAUAAGGACCAUAUUCAUCAUGGGCAUAUCAAUGGCACUUGUCCGGUAGAACGCGGCACUCAACAUUGCCAGGGUACCAAAUCGACUGGUCACGUUUUGUUAGCUGAUAUUCUCCCUAGUUUAUUCAUCAAGAUUUUCGUCAUGUUUUUCUUGCAAGCAGUACCUUACUGGAUCCGUCAUACUCUCGUUAUAAUCUCUCAAAUGGGCGCUCUAUUGAUCGUGGCCACCGCCAAAAGCUAUUCCAUGGCAAUACUCGGCGUUUCCCUAAUCUCAGCCGCCGGGGGGUUGGGCGAAUCAUCGAUGGUAUCCUAUUCUUCUCAUUUUGCUGCCUCGACUACGAUAGCAUGGGCAUCGGGCACUGGGGCUGCUGGCAUGAUUGGCUCUAUCCUCUACGCCGGGAUGACCGAACCACACUUGGGAAAUCUGACAGCAGAAACUGCAUUGAUGUUAAUGUUGUUCUUCCCGAUUGCGUACACCACCGUAUUCUAUCUGGUACUCGAUCAUUCCUCCAAAAAAGACGUUGAAAAAUCGCUGGAAUUGGUGAAGGGAAAUUGGAUGGAAAAAGCUGUGCUAAUCAAGUCACUUCUUCGCUUCGCCAUCCCCCUAAUCCUGGUCUACAUGGCCGAAUACACGAUUAAUCAAGGAUUCACCCAAUUGAUCGUUUUGAUUGUGCGGAAUGGAAUGGGGCUGACGGCCAAGAGCCAAUAUCGAUGGUUUCAGGUGGUCUACCGUGCCGGGACCUUCAUCUCCAAAUCCUCACUUUCCAUCAUCGAUUUCCCCGUCUGGGUCCUCUACUUAUUACCCGUACUUCAGGUCGGAAAUGCGAUCUUCUUCUACCUGGAAGCCCUGUUCGCCUUCCUGCCCCAUAUCGCCGUCGCAUUCUCCCUAAUUUGCAUGGAGGGAUUGAUGGGUGGAUCGAGUCUUGUCAAGACGUUCAGCCAUAUACAUAAAAACGCCAAAAAAGAAGACAAAGAGUUUUCACUGGCCGUGAUGACGACAUCAGACUCGAUUGGAAUCGUGGGAGCCUCAUUUUUGGCGAUAUGGCUGCACAACCUGAUUUGCCAGCAGCUUGAAUGGCGGGUGAUG